UAAAAAACAAAUAAUUAUGUGAAUAUUGAUAACUUUAAAUGUUAGCUUAAAACUUAUUUUUUAGUUUGGUAUUUCGAUUGAGUGGCUAUACAUAAAUAUAUCUUCAUAAAAGUUUGAAAGUGCAUAAAAAAACAACCACUUCACCUUAAAUCUGCGUAAAUAUAGCACUAAUAAAUAUUGAACAAAAACACUUCGAUUUUGGAGGACUUUCAAACCGAGUAAGCACUAUCUUGAAGGUUCCAUAAACCCAUCCGGAUAACUAAGGGCCUAUGCUUGGCCCCAAGAGGGCCGUCCGGUUUAACCUAACCUAACCUAAAAUUGAAAUUGGAAAAAUAUUGUGUCCGUAUGAACGCCCUAAAAUGUAUCAGGACGUAUUGAAAUCGCAUCAAAUUUGGAAUACGAAAAUUGAGGCUUAACAUACCUUAGCGGUAAAAUGGGAGCCAGUACUUCCAGUAUCAGCUUUCCUAUGGUCGCAUCAUCAGGAGCUGCAAUUAAUAGUACCGGAAACUCUAAUGGAAACAUAUCUGUGCUACUGCCUAUGAGUAUGGCAGGUAUGGUUACAGCAGGAGCGAUGGGCAUGACGACUGGCAGUGGUAGUGGUAUCAGCGGCGCACACUACCAUCGAGAUCAAAGACGAAAGCGUGUAACUGGUUUUGCGACACUCAAGAGAAAAUUUAUACGUCGACGACGUUCGUCCAAAGCAUAUGACCAUGCUCGCGUUCUAAGAGAUUUUGUGUCAGACUGGGCCCCUAUGGAGCUGGCAGCUCUUUGCGAGGAGUUUGAAGCCUUGUCGGCUCUAAGAGACUUAUCGGUGCAAGCUGAAUUGGCGCGACCUCCAGCAGCAACAUACAAACAGGACCUUGCUGCUCUUUACGACCUUAAUUUCUGCACUGAUUGUGAUCUUGUUUUUCGCGGGACUAUUUUUCCGGUACACCGAUCAAUAUUAUCAGCUCGUUGUGCUUAUUUUCGCGACUUACUCGCCGGCUGUCCUGGUUUCGGAGCGCGUAUAUGUCUAGAACUGCCUACUUCGCCUAUUGACGUGCAACUCUUCUCUUUACUAUUGCGUUAUUUAUAUACUGGCGAUCUGUGUCCGCACGAUCCGAACAUCGAAGUUACAGUGUUGCGCCAGCUUGGAGACGACUUUGGCACACCAAAUCCUCUAGAUCAUGAUCUACGCUAUUUGUUGGAGACGGGCGAUUACGCAGAUGCAGCACUUGUUUUCACAGCAGAUGGUAACAACGACAAUCUGCGACAAGACUCUGGUACCUCGGAGUACGGGUUUCGACCAAAGAUCGAGCUUCCAUGCCAUAAAGCCAUUUUAAGUGCGCGUUCACCCUUUUUUCGUAAUUUAAUUGCGCGUCGAACGCGCAAUAUUGACGAGUACGUUGAACGUUCCUUACACGUGCCCACGCGAAUUGUAUUAGACGAAACAGUUAUACCGAAGAGAUAUGCGCGUGUACUGCUUCAAGCUAUUUACCUUGACUCUGUUGAUUUGACGCUGAUUUUACGCGGUGUUGGAUCGGGUACGUCGGCAGGAUCACUAGGGGAAGUGCAUGCCUUAACCAACACAGGAAGAGUACGUCCAACGACACUGGAGGAAGCUAUGGAGCUGUAUCAGAUUGGACGGUUUUUGGAGCUUGAUAUUUUGGCGCAGGGCUGUGAGGAUUUAAUACUCGAGUGGUUGUCACUUGAUACUUUACCAACAGUUUUAAAGUGGGGUUGCCAACCCCAUGGCUCCGCGUGGGUGUUUAGACAAGCUUGCCAGUACUUACGAGAAGAAUUUACCGUUGUUAGCGGCUCACCUGUGCUGCACCAAUUGGAUAAAACGCAACUGUUACAUGUUCUGCAGAGUAAUUUUUUACAAGCUUCUGAAUUGGAGAUUCUGCAAGCUGUUCUUAAAUGGGGUGAACAGGAGCUCAUUCGCCGUAUGGAAGAUCGUGAACCAAACUUGUUGUCACACACAGCCCACUCAGUGGCUCGCAAGGGCGUAAAAAAACGUGAUCUGAGUGAUGUAGAGUUGCGGGACAUAAUCUCCGAAUUAUUGCCCUUAGUGCGCAUAGACCAUGUUUUACCACCUCAUAGUGAGAUACUCUGCCAAGCAAUUCGUCGAGGUCUUGUCAGCACGCCACCGUCACAUAUGAUUGGAGAUGAACGAGAAAAUUUACGUAUCAAUGCCUGGAUACGUAGUGGUAGUAGUCAGGGACUCUUUGUAAGACCACGUCUCUUUAUGCCGUACUUUGAGGAAGUAAAGGCCUUAUUAAAGGAUCGAUUGUCUACAUCUCACCACCAGGUUGAACUAAUGCGUCUGCGUAGGUCGCGACACCCGCCAGAUAUUCCUGAUACCUUGUAUAUGGUGUCCCACAUGAAAGCAGCGGCUAAAAAUGGACUUCGCAGUGGUGUUAAUCGUGGUUCUAUUCAUAAAAAUAUUGACAUGAUAGUAGGGUCGGCUGUUAUACCAGCACCAGAUAACCAAACUUUAUUGGCAAUGCGUAAACGCGAACAUAAACUUCGCCAGUCACCUAUGUGCCAGCGUGCAUUGUUACUGCCACUCUCAUCAAAGCAUGAAAUUGAACGACAAAUUCGGCUUCGGGUCGUAAGGGAGUUUAACCUCCCUGAUGAAGUAUCUGAUAUACUGGAAAUCUCGCAACAAUCCAUCCAAAAAAGAGAUGAUACUCACAAAGAAGACCCUUGUGCAGUUGGGUCGACCACUCAAAGCGAAGACAGUUUGCUUGAAGAUGAAGAUCAAAGUCCACCUCCAUCACCAGCGGCUACUGGCUCAGUUCCGCGACACACAACCGUUGGAUCAUCUUUUUUAUCGUCCUCGUCAAUGGGAUCGUCAGCAUCAUCAAUCUGUGGCACCGAUGGAGUACACCCUUAUUAUAGCCGAAAUCUCACUUUUCCGCGUCACCAAUCCAAUGGGCUUCUUGGUGUCGCCAGUAUAUUGGCAACCAGCUCUGGUCCUGCCCUUCAGUGUAGCUAUGCACGUUUUUCAGCGUCAGCGCAUCCACGAAAUGAACUGCCAGCAUUAAUAACCGAGAGGGACUUUCGAUUUCCGCAUGGGAAUAGUUUAGGCUUGGAUAUGAGUGCUGAGAACGGCGCAUGUGCUUUAGACACUGGCAAUAGCCAUCUUUCAGAUAUGAUGCCGGAUGUGGCAAUGGCUACCGCAUCGCUAGGUCAGCUUCAUUUGUCGAAUAAUACUGGAAAUUCUAACGGCCGUAGCGUUAGUAGCAAUAACGACAUGCCAGAAAGUUUACAAUUAGAUUUGGGCGAUGGUCCAAGCCCUCGCGUAAUUGGAAACGUCCCAAGUGCAUUGACCCUGCGAAGUAUACACCACGCUCUGCCACAAAGUAACUAUCACCACUUCAUGCAGCGCUCUAGCUCGCCAUUUGAUAUGGUGCGUCAUGGACAGCUAUCGCCCACACCACACCCUCCAAAUACCGGGUCAUUCAACUCUGGACCACCCAGGUUUUUAUAGAGGUUGCGAGUGGCCCCAGAUUCGGGCCCCCUUAUUUUGUCAUGCCUUUUGAACAAAAAUGAAACUAAAAAUUAAAUUUAACAAUCUAGAUAUAUAAAAUAAACUAUUA